UUGUCACACAAGAACCCGUCGUCGCCUCUGGUUUUAAACUGAUUUUUCUCGCACGCAAAAAUAAAUUGAAUCCCCCCGUACUCCACCCCACCCCAUCCCAUGCGCAUCCCCUUCUCCAGUAUCCCAAGAACUCAAAAACUAAUCCUCGCAUUGCUCUCUCCGCUUUCUUUUCCGUAACACACAUAUUUUAACUUCCAACACAUAUCUACGACGAACACAUUCUGUAUUUUAUUUUUAGUUUUGUAAAAGGAUACUAGAUAUUAGAUUUAGGGGGAAAAAGUUCUUUUGCAAGAAAGACCAACCCAUUUUGGAAAUAUUUAUCAAACCAGAAAAAGAGAGGAAAUUUUUGUUGAAUUUGCAGAGAUAGGUUUGUUUUGUUGUGUAGAUAAGAGAGAAUUUUUGGUGAAUUUUUUUGGUUAGUGUUUAUAGUUAAAUGCAUCUGAAGAAAUCUGAAGUGCAGAUCGGAAAAGAAAGCAGUUGCAUCUCUUCCGAUUUCAAUCCUACAGCACCCCUUCUUUCUUCUUCUUCAUCUCUUCAUCAGAAACAUCCUCAUAGUUUCUAUUCCGGUCCGCAAAAUCCCAUUUCUUCAUCAGCUGAAUAUCAUCCUAAUCAUACAGCUAUUCAAAUUUUCUUAGAAAAUGAUAUUACUAAUAAUGACUCAAUUCCCACCACCCCUGCCACCAAAACUACUCCCCAUAAAAGACCUCAUUUGGGAAAUAAUCCUUCCAAAUCUAUCCUAAAAUCACCAACUCUAUCCAAUUCUCUUCGCAAAUACCCUUUUUCUUCUGUAAAGGCUCAACACCCAUAUACCAAUUUCCAUCUUUACCCUUGCCUUUGCCACCUUCGUCGAAUUCUUCGUCUCCAUAUCCGACUUAUACUUCUCCUUUCUCUUCCCUUCUUCUAUUUCUUAGUUUCACAUCCAACUAAUUCUUUCUUUUUGGAUUUUCUUUCUGCUUUUGCUUUUUCCGCAGCCCUUUUAUUUUCAUUGAAUUUAGCACUUCCCAGGCUUCCUUCAAUUCGGUUAUUCUUGGCUAGGUCUUUGCCAAUUAAGCUUUCAUCAUCAAAACAAGUGUCUAGGAAUACUUUGCCAGUAUUCUGGUCAAUAGGGUCACGGAUAAAAAAUGAUAAAAGGGUAAAUUCAGGUUGUUAUGUGCAGGCUUACAGUAAUGGGGAUGUGUAUGAGGGGGAGUUUCACAAGGGGAAAUGUAGUGGAAAUGGAGUUUAUUACUAUUAUAUGAGUGGGAGGUUUGAAGGGGAUUGGGUUGAUGGGAAGUAUGAUGGAUAUGGGGUGGAAACAUGGGCAAGGGGGAGCAGAUACAGAGGCCAAUACAGGCAAGGUCUUAGGCAUGGAUUUGGGGUUUAUAGGUUCUUUACUGGUGAUGUAUAUGCUGGGGAAUGGUCUAACGGACAAAGUCACGGCUGUGGAGUUCAUACUUGUGAGGAUGGGAGCAAGUAUGUAGGUGAAUUCAAGUGGGGAGUUAAGCAUGGCCUUGGACACUACCACUUCAGGAAUGGAGAUAAUUAUGGUGGGGAGUAUUUUGCUGAUAAGAUGCAUGGUUUCGGAGUAUAUUGUUUUGCAAAUGGGCAUCGGUACGAAGGAGCCUGGCACGAGGGAAGGAGACAAGGGCUUGGGAUGUAUACUUUUAGAAAUGGGGAAACCCAGUCUGGUCAUUGGCAAAAUGGUGUCCUUGACAUUCCAAGCACACAAACUAUCUCCUACCCUGUAUCUCCUGUUGCUGUUUACCACUCCAAAGUGCUAAAUGCUGUACAGGAAGCACGUCGAGCAGCAGAAAGGGCCUAUGAUGUGGCUAAGGUUGAUGAGAGAGUGAACAGGGCAGUUGCAGCGGCUAAUAACGUAGCCAAUGCAGCUAGAGUAGCUGCGGUGAAAGCUGUGCAAAAGCAGAUGCAUCAUCGCAGGAACAGUGAUGACCUUCCAAUGUUCAACUGAUGGAUGUGUGUUUCCAUUUAAGCCAUAAAGCGUUCAUCCUUUUCAGACAAUUGCAAGGAGAUUAGUUCUUAAAAUACUCUCCUUUCAAUCACCUGUGUCAAUGAUGACUCAUGUGAUAUAUCUUUUAUGCCCCAUGUGGAAGCUUCGUUGUAUUGCAUACUGGAUUUUUGCCUUGUCUAAGUGGAAGUAUCUUCAAUCUGCUGCAUUACAGUUGUUUAUAGUUCAACCCCUGACUGAGAAAGUGGAUGGCAUUACCUGCUGGCUUACCUUUUUCAUUCAUAUGUUAUGUAAAUUCAGUUAAGUAGUAGAAUCUGAAGUGUUGGUAUCCAGAGAGAACCUCAACCCUACUAGCCUUCUCAUGUGUAACCUCAACCCUACCAGUCUUCUCAUGUGUACUAGUGACUGUUGAGUAUCAGUGGAAGUCAUAAAAAGGAUAUCGAAAGCCACGGCUUUGUUUUGUCUCUGGCUGAAGUUAUGGCUUUGUUUUGUCGCUGGCUUAAGUCAUGGUGUUGUAUAAACAUACUUAUAGUUGGACGGCUGUUCUUUGGGUGUGGGUUGAGGAUUUAAACAUAAAUAGUACUUUUUGUUUUCUAACAUACGAUGUAAUAAUUGCUAUCAACUUUUGAUAUGUAUUUAGAGGUUCCAGUAUUUUGCCCGAA